UAACAUGUUUUGUCAGGAAGGGGGAAAGUUUCUCCCAAUCCUUAUUGCAAAUGAGCGACUCAUGGUUGCGAACCCGCUCCGCAGUGCGCAAACACGGCUGGCCGAGGCCAAGCAAGGAGUACACACACAACAACGCAUAGAGUGAAGCAGUAGGCUUUAAGACUUCACAUCGUGAAAACCACAUCUUGAAAAUCACAUCUGAUACAAGAAAUGAGGUUGAGUGAGUGGUGUGUUGGAUCACUUAGUCAUCGGAUGUAGUGUAUGCAAUGGAUAUGACAGUAGCAGCUAACGUAUGGUGGCCCAGGACAAAUUCAAAACUGGGAAACUUCACACUUUUGAGAUGACAGUAGUGCCCUACCGAGGCAGUCUGCAGCGUUCACGCCGUGUGCGUCGCUUUCUGUUGACAUCCCGUCUCUACCUGCUGCUCCUUGUCCUCGGAGCAUUCAUCGCCGUCAACUCCGUCCUCUACUUGGGCAUCAAUCGGGCUGAGGGUAGCGGUGGUAGGUCCAUGGAUCCCCGGAGUCUCUCUAUCAAGGAGAGGGUCAUAUCCAUAGACUCUUUGCAACAAAACGAGGACGAGCCCCACGGUAAUACACGCUGGGAUCUAUACAUCGACUCGCCUCGACAGUUCCGGGGUCUGUCUGAGAACCAGCGGGGGAAGGGUGACGGUGAGGACGGGGUAAAAAGGUCAAACUCCCCCAGGGUUGUCUACAUCACACGAGGUGCUAAUAAUCCUAGAAAUGACAAGGAGAGGAUUCUGUACCAAGGAUCAGACAGUUUGGCAAGGAAUACCGCAAACACCAAGCAGGUCACCGUCAGAGUUGAUUAUAAAGAGGCAGGUAAUGCCAAACAAAACUUGAUCUUUACGAGGAAUCUCAGACUAAAUGUAGCCGAAGGCAAAGCUGGCAAUAAAACACCUGCAACUAAAAAACGAAUUGCCACUGGAAAUAUUAAAACUAACGUAGCCUUAAAUCAAUCAAGAUUUUAUCCCGCACCCGUUAAACUUAAAAACAAGUUAUCGAAAAAUUAUGGGGAGAAUUCUCGCCGUGAAGAGGAGCACGACCGCCGGGAGAGGGUGGCGAGAUCAUCUCCAGACAAUGAGCCCGGUAGAAUGAACCUCAACAAUCGCCCAAAGUGGUUGAGUGAAAAAGACGCUGAUGUAUUGAGACACUUAGCUGAGGGUUCCAUCUCCAGUUUUCAAGCAAUUCAUUCUAAAUUUGCAGGAAAACUUGGGUUGGGAGUUUUAAUUUAUGAUCAGGAUGUUGGAGCCAAUGGCAAUAACGACAAGAGAACUACUGAGCUAUGCGGGGUCAGAGGAGUUACAUGCGCCGUGCUGUACCCGCCGGCCGAAAUUCACCGAGUGCUCGCUUUCCACUUGGAUCGCGUGCUCGGCUUCAACCGAACGUUGCUGACGAUCUCCCGAAGACUGCCCGGAGAGAUCCGGCGGCAGAUCGGGAUGCCGGUGGAUGUCAGUUUCCCGUUGAUGCUGUAUGAGCCGAGUCUGUACGAAGACACGGAACUUGCCGAACUCACCAGAGCUCAGUUAAGUGACUGUUUGGGCGAUGGUAAUGGCGGGAACAAUGAGAUGGAAGAGUGUAGUAGUGUGGUGGCUGAUGACUGGGGAGCUGUUGCAGUAUUUGACUUUCUUUUACAAAUUUAUCAUCGCUUGGAUCUGGGAUGCUGCGGCCUGGACCCGUUCGAGAGGCAUCGCCGGUGCGGUGUGUCUAUUGCAGGGGGGCAAGCUGCAAGGCAGUGCAAUCCAUUGAUCAACCCACAGAUGGUUGGAUGUGGUUUCCGUAUCGCAUCAGAAUCAGAUAAACUCAUUCUGGUGGAAAACUUGGUAGAUCUACGGGCUCCUGAUGAUAAGCUAGACUUCAUGCUCCUCAGAGGACCAAACAGUUUCCCAGCGAGAGCUGUAGCCAUACUGAAGGAAGCUCGUCUCCAUCCCAUGCUUCUAGAAUCUCUCUCAGUUGACAGUAGCUACUGGGAAAACCAAGGAGGCCAACCAGCCAUUGAAGACAUCAUUGACGUCAUUGAUAGACGGGCAGGAAUGUUUCUUAAAUAUAUUAGUAGUUCGCGAAGGGACUAGAAAAAUGCACUAAGUAGUUUUCGAGGCCUGCGGGUAAUUUGACUGGCUUUAAAGGCACUCAACACCAUUUGGUAAUUACCAAAGACCAUUCUUCUCACUUGGUGUGUCCCAACAUAUGCAUACAAUAACAAACCAGUGAACAUUUGGACCCAAUUGUUCAUCGAAAUGGCAAGUGAAUAAUAAGAGAGAAAAACCCUUGUUGAACUACUUUGUGUGUUUUCAGAUGCAUAUAAUUAUUGAGUGAGAAAUUACCUGUGUCUCAAGAACUAUGUUAUUACAGAGC